CUCCAUUCCAGAGAAAGAAAAGAAAGUAGAAAAAGAGAAAGGAAGCCAACCCAAAUCCUUCUCUUCCAUCCUCCACUAUCCUCUAUAGUCUCUUCUUGUUCUGCCAAGCACCUCGAGUUUCCGUGAGAAUUGACGGAAAAUUUAGGACCCAUCACUCAAUUCUUGGCAGCCUCCGUCAACUCCUCUCUUCCUGAAGGAGAUAUUUAUAUAGAGAGUGAGAUGGGUAUGAAUGGCCGGUGCCCCUUGAUCUCUUCUCAUAACGGCUCCGUUAUGAUGAUCACCAGCUUCUUCCGACACAAGUACUAGAUUACAGGCGGCGAAGAUUUCUCGGGGUGGAGGAAUCAUGCCCGUCCGAUCGCAUCAAGAACACAGGGGAAGAGGUGGUGUUGUGUAAGCUUUCUUGAAGGUUGUAAGGAAAAAAGGCUUCUCCUUUUUCUUCGGGUAAAAGAAAAGAGCGGGAGAAGAGGGAGAGAGGAAAAGGUGGGAGAUGGCGGGAAGGUCUUAUGAGAGUUCGAAGAUGUCGGUUUUGCUCCCGAACAAUUGGAUUUCCUCCGAGGCUAUUGAGGCCCUGCUCUCUUCGGGACCUUCUCAUGGAGAAUUCCCCGGUUCAGGGUCUGUGAUGAAUUUUGAAGAUGUCCACGGGCAGAGGCCUGAAUGGCCCUUUUGCAGACCAUUUGAGUUGGAAGAAACUGGUGAUGAGGACUUGGACGAGGGUGUUCACCGUCCAGAAAAGAAAAGGAGGCUUACAGCCGAUCAAGUUCAGUUCCUUGAGAGGAGUUUUGAGCUUGAAAACAAGCUUGAGCCAGAGAGGAAAGUUCAGCUUGCCAGGGACCUCGGGCUGCAGCCCCGACAGGUUGCAAUAUGGUUUCAAAAUCGCCGUGCUCGGUGGAAGACAAAGCAACUGGAGAAGGACUACGAGGCCCUGAGAUCUAGUUAUGAUGCACUCAAGACUGAUUAUGAUAACCUGCUCGACGAGAAGGAGAAACUUCAAGCCGAGGUUCUUUCUCUCACAAACAAGGUCUUCCUCAAAGACAAGGAUAUCGGCAGCUCGGAGCCAUUUGAAUGCACCAAAUUUCCUCACCAACCGCAGAAUAUGGUCUCGGAUCCUAUGGGUGAGAUGAAAAGAGUAGAUGGCCAGGUCACAGUAUGCAAGCAAGAGGACCUCAGCUCGGUCAACAGCACCGUGUUAGACUCCGGGAGCCCUCCCUACAUUGAUGAAGUAGAUCAUCGCUCCACACUGAUGGAGCCUGUGGAUUCUUCCAAUGCUUUUGAACCUGAUCACUCCGAUCUCUCACAUACCGAAGAGGUUGAUGAGGUCCAAGGUUGUGGCUUCCUGAGGCUUGAAGACAAUUUGAAUAAUUACAGGUUCCCUGCGGAGGACCAGUCCUAUUGGCUCUGGCCUUGACUUAUACGAUGUUCGAUGUGCACCUAUUUUAUUGUGUUUUCUCUGUCUUGCGUGAUAUUAAUUUGGUGGUGAAUAAUUAGGAAUAAAGCCAUUUUAGUGGCAACCAACGUCUAGAAGGUUUGUGAAGCCUUUCGUCUUUGUAUUGAGUUUGUUCUUAUAUAAUAAAGUUGUAUAGUUUUCGUGUAAAAUUCGUGGCAAUGGAAAGGUACUUGGUCAA